CCUACCACCAACGCCACUGCGUCCGCACAGCCCGCCAGACUCAACUCCCUGGACCGGGUCCCGUGAGCCAACUCCCACUGACACCUGGGGCCCAGGGCGCUGCACCACGGAUCUCACCGUGAACCGGGUCCACGCGCGACCUCGCCGACCAGUUCCUUUCCCUUGGCGGAGACGCGGAGGCGCAAGCCGCGGCCUCCAUUUUCGGCGCUCUGCUCUCUCCUUUGCGUCGGAUUCAAGUAAGGCUUGUUGAGUUCGGUGCCCCAUAUCCCUCAAUCUCGGGUGCGAUUCGAUCGGGUUUGCUUCGAAUUCGUCGUUCGAUUGAGAAUGUCAAGCCUCGAGGAGCCACUUGGUCUUGGGGACCUGCCAAAGUUGAGUAUUAACAGACUUGAAAGGUUCUCUCCAAGUGCCUGCAGAGCAAGUGUUGAUGACAGCAACACCAACAAUUACAAGCAUCGCAAUGGUGGCAACAAUCAGACGAUCUUUCACAGCAGUGCUCAUUCAUGGCAUAUGCAAGGCCAAUAUACUGAUUCAUCCUGCAAUGGGGUGGAUAUGGAGUUCAGAGCUCUUCCACGGAAGGUUUUAUGGGACCUUCCAAGGUUUGUGAAGAUAGUUGAAGUUGGACCACGGGACGGUCUGCAAAAUGAGAAGAAUACUGUACCCACAUCUGUAAAGAUUGAACUGAUACACAAAUUGGUGGCUUCUGGUCUAUCAGUAGUUGAAGCCACAAGUUUUGUGUCCCCAAAAUGGGUGCCACAGCUAGCAGAUGCAAAGGAUGUGGUUGAAGGGAUUAAGCAUGUGCCAGAUGUGCGGUUUCCAGUGUUAACUCCUAACCUCAGAGGAUUUGAGGCUGCUGUUGCAGCUGGUGCAAAAGAAGUUGCAGUUUUCGCAUCUGCCUCUGAAUCCUUUUCUAAGUCAAACCUUAAUUGUACCAUCAAGGAAAGCCUUGUUCGGUACCAUGAUGUUGUAACUUCUGCCAAGAAACAUGGAAUACGAAUCCGUGGGUAUGUUUCAUGUGUGGUUGGUUGCCCUGUUGAAGGCACAAUUCAUCCAUCAAAGGUAGCAUAUGUAGCUAAGGAGCUUUAUGACAUGGGUUGCUCGGAGAUCUCACUCGGAGACACGAUUGGUGUUGGUACACCAGGUAGCGUACUUGCUAUGCUUGAAGCUGUAAUGUCUUUUGUUCCAGUGGACAAGAUCGCCGUCCAUUUCCAUGACACAUACGGCCAAGCCCUUGCCAACAUACUGGUCUCUCUCCAACUGGGGAUCAACAUAGUGGACUCAUCAGUGUCAGGACUGGGAGGCUGCCCAUAUGCAAAGGGCGCCACCGGCAAUGUCGCGACGGAGGACGUUGUGUACAUGCUCCAUGGACUGGGGAUAGAGACCAAUGUUGACCUCAACAAGCUCAUGGAUGCUGGAGAUUACAUCUCCAAGCAUCUGGGAAGGCAGUCAGGCUCCAAGACCACCACUGCUCUCCGCAAGCUAACCACUUAAGUCCCUGAUGAUCAUAAUAGGGAUUCAGAAAAGAAGUCCGAAGAUACAUCGGUUGGCGUCAGUUUAAUGUUUUUACACAAGUCAUAUGUGAUUGUAACCUGUAAACCGUCUCAAUUUAGUCCCAAUAUGGGUGAAAGUAAACAGAAACCAUAUAUGUAUAGACACAUUUGUGUUUAAGUUCUUGGAUUGAAUAAUCAAUGCCCUUCAUACAAAAAUCGUUCUUUA